GACACCGUUACCUCAAGAAAUUCUCUAUUUCUCCAGCUCUGAGAGAGUAUUUUUCCUUCGAUUCUCCACCAAGGUAGACAUGGCUUCUGCACCAAAAAAGCCAAGACUUGGUAAUCAGAACUCCAAUUUGGAAAGUCCUCACUCUAAAGAAAAUGUACGUGCAGAUCUUCUAAAGGUUCUGACAGAGAUUGACAGCAAGAAAACCCUUGAGUUUGCAGUUGGUGCCAUCAGCUCUGAGCUCCCACCAAUUCCAGGCAUUACUAUCACAGGAUAUGGAAAAGURAGCUUGCCAGUUACAAAUACUACUGUUGAAGAUCUAAAAAAGAAUUUCCAGCAAGCACCUUAUGGUCUUGGAGAGGCUACUCUUAUCGAUAAGAACGUUAGAGAUUCCUUUCAGUUGGACCCAAAGAAGUUCAAAAUUACUAAUAAGAAGUUCACUGCUGGUGUUGGAAAGCUUGUGACAAAAAUCAAAGAAGACCUUGGAUGCACAGAUGUAAAYGUAACCUCCCAACUUUACAAACUUCUCCUUUAUGAGCCAGGAGGACACUUCAAGCCUCAUCGGGAUACCGAAAAGUUUCCUGGAAUGUUUGCCACCCUCAUCAUUCAGCUGCCAUCCGUCUUCUCAGGAGGUGAUUURGUWGUGAAGCAUAAUUCCAAAGAAAAGAGRAUCAAAUUCAGYUCCAAGGAGUCUGAAUUCUCAUGUUUCUACGCCKCUCACUACAGYGAUUGCGAACAUGAGUUAACAAAAAUCAAAUCUGGWUACCGCAUGGCUCUUGUGUAUUCCCUGUGCUGGGAUGGWAAUGGUGUGGUUCCUAGYCCUCCUGAUAUUCCAACCAAUAGACUUGCUGGCUUACUUCAGCACUUUGACAAAGCUGCCCCUAAUGGUAUCUUGGCUUGGGGACUUGAUCAUCAGUACUCUGAAAAYUCCUUCCUGAACAAGGGGGUUGAGGCUCUGAAAGGAGGYGACAAACUGACAUAUGCAAGUCUACAAGGUGCCAAUGCUCUUCUAGAYGAUGACAAGAAACUUGAUUUCUUGAUUGUUGGAGCUCAAAGAAAUGACAACAUGUCUGGUGAAUGUGAACGAGAGUGGGGAAGACGAGGCAGRAAAAAAAAUUGCUUUAUAAGACAUGAUUGUGAUACUGAUUAUGAAUAUGAUUUGAUUGAUGUGARUGGGGAGCAGUGGUCGAAAAAUGCUUUUGRCUUGGAAGUGGAYGAAGAUGUCUUGAAUGUCGGUGAAGACCCUGAUAAGUUCUGGGGGAAGUGUAUUGAGGGUGAGUGCAGCGGCCCGUCUGGAAAUGAAGGAGCAUACAAGACAAAUUGGUAUCGUCGUUAUGUCCUUCUCAUCUUUCCAAAAGGGAACGAUAUCAAAGUAGCAUUUUCUGGACGCUACACUAGCCAUGCUGUUGAUUACCUAGAAGGUGUACUCAAAAGCAAAGAUGCAACUUCCAAGUCUGUGAGAAAGAUAGCAAAUGACAUCAUUGAUCUCUUUACUGAUAAGAAAGAAUCUUUCCUAUGUUCUUACAGGGGUGGACAAAUCACUAUGCUAAAAAAUCUGUUAAAGAUAAAAGAUUUGGAGCUGAUAAAGAAAUACCUAUUGCUGUUAUCUGAACCAUGUAGCAGAAACGAAGGUGCUGYUGGAAUUCCAGAGGAUACAAUGGUCCCCAUACUGAAAGAGCUCAUUGAUUUAUUUGGAUGGAAAGACUUAGCUGAGGAUCUAACAAAGMUGAUUGAGUCAUGCCAACUUAAACAACUCAACAAUGUAGCUAAGUUCAUGGAACAGUGCCCUAAAGAUGUGCCAACAGAUCAGCUGAUGACUUCGUUAAUCCAGAAAGGUGUGAAAUCACUGUCAGAUACUGGAGAAAGCAAAGUCAGUACUGAUAAUGUCAAAGCAUUGGGGUCCUUCAUUGUAAGUCAUCCCAAAACCUGUUCACAGUUCAAGGAGGCAUACUUUAACUCACCUCAGUUGCAAAGUGUUCAAGUGCUAUGUCAGUUGAUGAAACCUCCAUCAUGGUAUAGCAAUGAAGAUAACAAUACUGAACUAAGGCAGAUGGUUAUUGAAAAGUUUUGUGAAAAGAUUCACCGCAUAGCACAAGAAGGUCAAGAAAUGUCCAGUCAAGACUCGAGUACCAUUGCUGAAGGCGUUAGACAUCUCCAUAGCCUGAAACAAGAACACCUGCUAACGAGAAUUGUCGAAGAUGUUAUACAAAUCCGCAGUGAAGACCUGCUGAACUCCAUAGCUUCUUCAUACGCUUUUUCAGCAGAUUCAUCAGARCCAGUCAAACGUCUUUUGAAAGCGCGCAUUGAUCAACUUCUCCCCAUUGUUCAAGCUGGCGAACCCAAGACAGAUUGGCGCCGACCGACCGCCGUAUUUCCAGGUCAUCCCCAGGUUGAAACAUUYAUGCGCGGUCCAGASAAAAYCUUCCACUACAARAAAUUUAACGCCAGGUGCCAAGCAGAGAGGUUUGAGAGGGAUAACUUCAGAGGGAAGAACAUUGCUGUGGUUAGUGUAAAUGGUAGUGGUCAUGGUACUAGUGUCCAAAUCACCAAGCUACCUGCUGCCGCUGACCGCAACAAUUAUGAUACGGCAAUGAGGAAGUAUACCAGAGCCCACGAACAGUUUACAAGUCUGAAAAGAAGACUUGGUUUGCCAUGAUGAUCAACACAUCAUAGUUCAUGUGACAUGCGCUAGUCAGCGGUAGUUGAAACACGGUUUGUCAACUUUUAAACUGUAACAGUAUUUGAUAGUUUCGUUUCCUGCUUUAUAAAACUGGUUUUUGUUAACUUUAUUUGCCAGUCAUGAAGAAUGUUCUCGAUUUAUCCGCAAGUUUUCUAGGUUGCUAAAUAUUAGCAGCUAUAACAAGUACAAUUUCACGGACACAGGCUCCAGUCCUGAAGAAAGUUGCUUGRUUUUAUAGACAAAAGUUUACUACAUCGCUAAGUUUUACCAGCUAUAGCAAAAACAGUUUCACGGACACAGAUUUCGAAUGCUGCUUUACUUCAAAAUUACUUAACCAUUGUAAAGAAAAGUUGCUUGAUUUUGAAGCUAGUGUACUAGUUUUGAUCAGUGUAUUUUCAGUUGUAGUUUUCCAUUAUAUAUCGCUGCUUAUGUAAACAUUCUCUUCCAGUUGUGGACGAUAUUUGAAGUUCGUUUAUAUCUAUAUAUUUCAAUAAACGUUAUGAUAUUGG